AUGAAUCUAGCAUUUGUCAUUUCAUACCAAAAGACACGCAAGCGGCGCAGCGUUCGAUUACGUGCUGCCGCGCUCUCUGGCUGCCUCUACCUUUCCUUUCCAUUUGUUGUAAAGGAAAUGGAGCUUGGACGCAUUAAGUUAGAGAUUCCGGAUCCGCUGGAUGAUUUGUUCCCCUCAAAACGUGGUCGGUUAAUAAUUGAACGGUUUCAUGAGAUCCUCGACAAGUAUGGCUUUGAUUUCGAGCUGCCAACACCGAUUGUCGUUCGGGAUUCAGGUUGUGAGCAGCUAGUUGUGGUAGUUUAUGAAUUGAACAGUCCUCCAUCCUUGCUCCUUGCUACGAUUCUCUGCUUUUUCGGGAGUCUACGAAAAACACAGCUGUCAUUUUAUUUUUAUCCUACUCUCAUAAUUCACUCACCGAAAUAUUUCUCCACCAAAAUUAUAUCAUGUCACAAGUGCGUCCCUCUAAAUGCCGUUUAUUUCGGUAAUAUACAAGGAGGUGUGUUUUUUAAUCAUUGGGAGAUCUCUUAUGGCAAGAUGAGCUCCAAUAACAAAGGUGGUGGCAAAAGUUGCAGGAAAAGGAACGGAUGUAUUCUGGCGGACUUUUUAUAUGAUCAAAGCGAAAUAUUAAAUAUCCGUUUUGAGAAUCGCGAAACUAUGAGUUCCAGUCGCUCUUUUGAGCAACAUUUUUCUGAUAAGAAGUGCUAUGGAAUCGCUUACUACGAAAUCGGGAUUCGCCUACCUUUCAUACGUCGAAUAGUGGUGGAUUGUACAGCUCCAGCUACUAAUGAUGAAAACUACAAACGUAUUUAUUUUGAACUCAACUGCCCUGUCAUUGUGCGGAGAGGCUUCCGCUCCCUGAACGAAAGGAAAGAUGGAAUGAAGCGCGUUAGGUGGCGAACUAUCUGCAGAGGACGCACCGCAAACGAUGUGCCUCAUGAUCUCGCUAUUGCUGACAGCCCCAUCUUCGCAGUUGAAUUUGAGUCGUUGCAGCUUGUCACCUUAUAUGAAAUUCUCUCUCGAUUUCGCAUGCGAAGCGGUGUUGGAAUUGAAUUUGCCAGUUAUCCGAUGGUCGACGUCCUGUACCACAUCGAUAACUGCCCUUAUUCGCGUUGGACAAGGGACAAUUCGUGUGUUAAUGCUGCCACAUCACCCGAAGAAACCAUAUUCAAAAAAUUCUUGGCCAAGGCAGUUAGAGAAGAAGACGUUAGCUACGACCGAUCGAAAUACAAAGACAGGCCUGAAUGGGUGAAGGAUAUCGUGAAAGAGCGCAAGUUCUCUCUAACAUACCUCAUCGAGUGCUUGAUUUCGAGAGGUGCAGUUGUGAAGGACCAGCUUUUAUUGGAUGUAGCAACAUGGAGAGAUUUUCUAACUGUUGUGAGCUGCUGCUACCUCAGGAAUAGAGAAGUGUGUCUCUCUGCUCUUGAGCGUAUUAUCACAAUGAUUGAUGGAAAGAAAAGAUUAGGAUCUGUUACUUUGACCCUGUUGAAUGAGUUUGAAGAAGAAUGCAAACAAGGAAUAACGUCAGAACUUUCGCCAGAGGAGAACAAAUUUGGCUAUCGGAAAGUGCGAAAACUCGUGAUUACUCCAACUCGCAUAAUUUACGUGGUGCCUGAAACUUUAAUGGCAAAUCGGGUGUUGAGAGGGUACGACCAUGACGGAACAAGAGUGCUACGCGUCAGUUUCAGGGAUGACGACAACCAGCCGAUGCGUUCAUUUAAAACUUCCGAAUACUUGAUCAAAACUACGCUAAGGAAUGCCAUGAUCAAGGGAAUAGAAAUAGCUGGGAGAAAUUUCGGCUAUUUGGGCAACUCCAACUCUCAGAUGCGAGACGGGGGAGCGUAUUUCAUGGAGAAGUACUCAUACCGUCAAUGGUUGGAGUACAAAAAUCAGCAUGGAGAGCUACCGCCACCGACAUGGCAACCGAAAAUUGACCAUGUCCGUCUUAGCUUGGGGAGCUUCAAAAGAAUGGAAAACAUCUACAAGUUGAUGGCGCGGCUUGGCCAGUGCUUCACGCAGAGCAAGGAGUCGAAUGUAGUUUUUGAAAGAAGUGAGUAUUGUGUCAUACCUGAUGUUGUCGGUGGAUGCAACAAAGCAGGGGACAGUUACAUAUUUAGUGACGGAGUUGGUAUGAUGAGCAAGGGUUUUGCGCAACAAAUUGCGGCUGAUAUGAUGCUGGGGAAAUGUCUGCCGAGCUGCUUCCAGUUCCGAUUUCGUGGGAUGAAAGGAGUUUUAGCUGUAAAUCCGUUAUUAGAUGAUGUCGCAUCUUGGGCAGUGAACAACGGUUUAAGCAAGGAAGACCAUUUUUUUGGCAGUUGGGUCUUGAAAAUGGUUUUUCGAGAGAGUCAAGUCAAGUUCUUAACAGAUCGUGGAGAGAAGGAAUCUAUAGAGAUUGUGAAGUACUCGGGUCCAUCCGCCGUUGCUCUGAACAAGCCUCUCAUAUCUAUCCUUGACCAGGUGUCGGAGAUGCAGUCACACGAGUGUCACAUCAGAGUGACUAACAGAAUCGAACAAUUGGCCGAGGAGCACUUAAGGAGUCUCGCUCGAUCGCUACUGUACGAGAAGGAGUGCAGAAAUACACUAAAGGAACUCCCUCUACGAAUACACAUAGAUCGACUGUCCGUAGUGGCUGGAUUCAGUCUGAGUACUGAGCCCUUCUUUCGUUCUUUGGUGAAAGCUAAAGCCAAUUAUUUCAUCGUGAAGCAUAUGCGUAGACAGCAGUUCCCUAUUCCAAAUGACAAGGCGAGAACCAUGUUUGGCGUCUUCGAUGAAACAGGGCAACUGCAGUACGGUCAGGUAUUUGUGCAAUACACGGUGCACAUUAAUCUGAGAAAUCCUCCUAUAUCUGCCUCGAGGAAAGUGCUGACCGGGAAAAUUAUGCUGACCAAAAGCCCUUCGUUGGUAGCGGGUGAUGUUCGGAUUUUCGACGCUAUCGAUGUUCCCGAUCUCCAUCACUUCUGCGAUGUGAUAGUUUUCCCACAACAUGGGCCUCGACCUCAUCCGGACGAAAUGGCAGGAUCAGAUCUCGAUGGUGAUGAAUAUGCAGUCAUUUGGGACGAGGAAUUAAUGUUAGAGAAGAGCGAAGAGGCUUUUGACUACACUGCUGAAAAGGCGGAACAAAAGCCCAUUAACAAAGAGACAAUGAGUGAAGAAAUGGUGGAUUUCUACACUAACUACAUUAUCCAAGAUUCAAUAGGUGUAAUUGCCAAUUCUUUCCAGUUCCAGUCGGAUCUUUACGGAGUUAAAUCGGAGAUUUGCGGGGCUUUGGCAAGAAAAUAUUCUCAAGCGGUAGAUUUUCCGAAGACUGGGCGUGCUCCAUCGCCUCUAACCAGGGACUGGUCAGCGGAUGGCAAACCGCCUGAAAAACAUGAACGGCAGCCUGACUACCAUUUCACAAACGAUUUCCGCUUUCCAUCAUACAGAAGUGAAAGACUACUUGGGAGUGUUUACAGAAAUAUUAGAGCUCUCGAUGACGUGCGCAAAAUGUCACAAGACGAAGGGUGGCCUGCAUUAGAAUGUGACGAAUACAUUGUUGUAGAUGGUUGGACGGAUGCUUUGGAACUUGCGAAUUAUGAACUAAGCCGUUAUAACGGACGGCUUCGGGUCAUAAUGGAACACUACAGCAUUAAGUCUGAAGCAGAAGUGUUCUCCGGUUGUUUUCUCGAGAUUCGACAUCGCAUUUCGGAUCGCGAUCAGGACGAUAUGUCUUUUUUCACCACGAAUGAUAUCAUUGAGAUGAAGAUCACGGAACUCUUCCGGAGUUUCAGGGAGGAGUUUUUCGAAGAGUUUGGAGGGUGGACCAACUGCUUGGAGCAAGUUAGUAAUCCGUAUGAAGUGCUAGGGAAUGUUCUGAAUCACCACACUAACAAUCCAUCUUUGCGGAUGCAGAAGAAAGCUGUCGCAUACUAUCGCGCAUGUUACGAGCUGGCGAAAAAAAGCGGCGAACUGCUUUUAUCCUUUGCAUGGUUGGCAUACGAUGUUCUAGCCGUGGUGAAACAGCGAAAUAUAGUCAAGGAUGAGAAUUACUGUCCGUCAACAUUUCCCCUAUUCGAAAUCCUUUCAUCUCAGCUGGAUAUCUACUACAAACAGAAUGAAGAGAAACUGAGUAUCUUUGUGCAGUAUGUCGCUAUGAACUCACAUCUACGCCGCUACAUUCAGUGUUAUCCCGGGUUAGAUCGCAUAUUGUUCGUGGUCGCUAUGUGGGCUGUUCGUAAUCGUUUGGUGGUCGGAUGUCUCCACUUCGAACACUUGUGUAUACUACUAGUUUUAUUCGCCACUGGUAGAAUUGCCGGCUCUAUGAACAUAUUUCAACCUCUGUUGGACGUGCUCGACGGGGCAGAAAUCGAAGGUAACGAGCCUAUUGCACCAACCAGUGAGCAGUAUGUUCACAUGCUCGUGUCAUUCUAUGAGUACUUGGCGUCGAGGGAGUUCAGAAAGCUUCCACAUCUGUCCUUUACUAGUUUGGGAUGCUCCUCAAUAUUUUUGCGAGGACAGUGGCUGCCCAUACAUGAAGCAGCUGUGAGAACAUAUUAUAAUCUAGUGUUCAACAUGCAGUUUGGAGAACUGACAGAUAUGGAACACAUUGAUCCCUCAAGAGAUAUAUCAAGUCAGGAGUGGGACCCAUUUGUUGUAGAAUUACCAGAAGAUAUAAAUGAGCAGCUGAUGAAGUUACGCAUUGUGGAAAAGACCGGUGUAACAGAUUUGUCUAUUCGUCGUCGUUCAGGAGCGAAAAGUGGAGCAUGGUUUACUGUUUCUGCACGUGGAACAGUGCACAGUCUAUGUGAACUCAGAGAUCUCCUCACUGCAAAGUCCCUCAUUAAGACUCCCAACCUUGAUGAAUAUCGGUUGUGGACGAGACGAUGUGGAGAGAUGAAUAUCGGCAACAAUAGUUUUUCUGUACACAUAAUAAUGAGUAUUCUACACAUUUCAUUACGGUGCAAAUGCCGCAAACGAUUGCGUUCGCUGUAG